CACGACCUGUUCGAUAUUUGCAAGGGUGCCUUUUCCGAUUAUCCGGUGGACCUGCGUCAUCAUAAAACCGGCAUAAGCAUGUUCUCUGGUAGAUGGGAGAGUAUGUGCAAGGUGGUGGAGAUGGAACUCUCCCUUAUGUAUGACAUCCUCUACACCAAGGCAGCCGUAGUCCACACCUGGCAUGGCUACGCCAUCCGUCUGGCCUCGCCAUUCCUUACCGCCAUCGCGCUCCUGCUGUUUGGCCUCCAGUGCAAAGAGGGCUUGAAGAACUCCUUGAAGACGGAAGAUACAGUUAUCAGUUAUGUAUUGUUGGUGACGACCUUCCUCCUUGAUGUGAGAUGCUUGCUCAGUGCAGUAACGUCAGCCUGGACACAUUCAUACUUCAAACAUAUGCAAAACAAUUGGUUGAAGCAUGAAUUUUGGUGCCUGGAGAGAUGGGAGAAUCUCCGCCGGUUUGUCGUGCCUCUGGGUCUUUCCCGGCUCUCCAUGUGGUUGGGGACAUGUGAAUGUGCAAAGGAACCGAAAAGCUACAGGAGGUGGCAGGGCAAGUUCCAGGGGCGCAACAUGUUGUCUGAGUGCACUCGUGGCUGGGACACCCUAUACAGCAGAUUUGGACUGCUGAAGAAGAUUGGAUGGGAAGAUCAGCCGAGCGGCCUUAGGAGUCCAGACUAUGUCAGGGAGCUGAAGUUAAAACACGUAUGCACACAGUUUUUUGCUCCUGCAGUGCAGUUUGUCGACAAUAUGGAAGAUGAUCCUCCUGGGCUGCCUGACCCCAGUCAGAAGGACCCUGUCGGUAUGAGACUCACUCCUGUUGAUCUGGAACAAAAUGUGCAAGCUGCACAGUCAAUGCCCAUUCACUCCGAGCAAGUUGAUCACUGGAGCCUUGGUCACGCCAAUUUCAUGUACGGUCAAGCCCUGCCUGAACUGUAUGAGCAACAGACUGAUCACCGGAGGUAUGAUCGAGCCCUUCCUGAAGCUUAUGAGCGAGUUUAUCUACGGAGGCAUGCCCACACCGGUUCCAACUAUGAUGGGGCACGGCCUGACAUGGACGAGAAAGCUGCUCGCACUAUUGACCAGUCAGACGAAGACAUGUCCUUUCCUCCUGAAUUUCAAGAGGUUAUUCUUAUCUGGCACAUUGCCACAGACAUCUUCCUCUUGUGCAGCCCGAAGAUCAUCGGAGGAGUGCUCGAGGAACAUGUGAAGGGGAUCAAGGAGUUGUCAGAUUACAUGAUGUUCCUCGCCACUGCAAACCACAACAUGCUACCAGGCCGUAAGUUCCACACCAUGUACAAAACAACCCUCAGUUUGCUUAAGAUGCUGGCCAGGGAAUCUAGUUCCAGUGGUUAUACAGGGAAAGAGAAGCUUUCGAUGUGGAUGCUGGACCACAAGGAUCAUCUUAGAACCCUCGUAGUUAGUACUACUAAUCAUCUCGAGCGCACAGCUAGUAUUUGCAUCUUGGCAGGAACUCAACUUGCUGGGAAGCUGCUAAGUCCACGGCCCAAGUAUGGUGAAAGAAUGAUUAUGAAAGCAGAGGAACAUAUGUUGAAAGGACAUGCACACUGGAUUCCAGGUUUGGCGAAUGAACUUCCUGGGGGCACAGAAGGCAUGUUGGAGUUCAUCCUGGAUGUGUGGGUGCGUCUGCUCAUGUUUGCGUCCCUCCGGUGCAGCAGGGAUUCUCAUGCCAAGCAGCUCAGCUAUGGUGGCGAGCUCACGACCCUCGUAUGGAUCAUCACGGAACAUACAGAAAAGAGUGUCCUCAAAAAGCAUCUCAAGACACUUCUCCUUUGA